AUGGCGUCGUGGCUGCCCGACACUCUGUUCGAGAUUGUCGGACAAGGUCCGGCUCCGAGCAAAGACUAUUAUCAAUUACUGGUCACCCGGUCUCAGAUCGUCUUCCGGUGGUGGAAGAUCUCCCUGAGGAGUGAGUACCGAGCAGCUAAGCCCGGAGAAGUCAGAGAAACUCACGAGGACUUCCUGGAGAACUCCCAUCUCCAAGUUCAAGUUGCCUUAGUUUUCGGGGAAAGAAUAAUAGAGUAUGUCCUCAAUUUGUGCCAAGGUAAAGUCGACUUCCUUGAGCGGCUCUCGGACAACUUGCUCCUGAGCAUCAUGUCCUACCUGGACCUCGAAGACAUCUGCAGGCUGUCACAGACCUCUCGGAAAUUCGCCAAGCUGUGUGUGUGUGACCAACUGUGGGAGCAGAUUGUCCAGUCUGCGUGUGACACCAUCACCCCCGACAUGCGGGCCCUGGCUGAGGACAUUGGCUGGAAGCAGAUGUUCUUCACCAACAAGCUGCAGCUCCAGCGUCAACUCCGCAAGAGGAAGCAGAAGUCCGAGAGCCAUAAGCCAGCCGGCCUGCCAUAGAGGCCGCGCCUGACCAGCGGGGAGUGGAGGCCCGGCGGCUUCUCCUCAGUGCCCACCUCUCUGCUGCUCCCUUUAUCACAGACCCAGGAGCCUUGGCUGAUCCGAGGAGUCACUCACAGCACUGGCUGUUCGAACACAACGGCAGCAAACCUCAUCACCCCGUGCCUUGCUGGUGCCACCCUCCCUGCCAUCAGUGAGGGUCACAUCAUGGUCCCUGAGCCCAAGGGCUGCAGUCCUGGGGAACCUCCAGGUCACGACUUGUCACCUCCCUCCUGAGACACCUGUAGGAAAAGAGCCUUCUGCUGGAUAGGGACAAUAAAUGCUUGUUAGCAUGUUGAACGAUA